AUGCCACGUAUCCACCGGGACGCCGUCUCGUACACCACCCUCGUGACCGCGCUCGCUCGGGCGGGGCACGCGGGGCGUGCCGUGGCCCUGUUCCGCGGCACGCUCUCUGAGAAUGUUGUUCCCAACGAGGUGACUCUCGCCGGUGCGAUCAUGGCGUUCGCUCGCCAUGGGGCACCGGUGACAAUGGGGAUGAUCCAUGGUUUUGCUCUGCAGCGGGCGCUGGAUGGAUUCGUCAUUGUAGCCACCAACCUGGUUCAUGCAUAUGCAGGGGUGUUAGAGCUUUGUUCUGCCCGGGCCAUGUUUGAUGGGAUGACACAUAGGAACACAGUCACCUGGAACGCAAUGCUCAAUGGAUAUGUGAAGGCGGAGAUGAUAGAUAUGGCUGUGGAGGUGUUCUGGAGAAUCCCAGAGCGAGAUGAGGUAUCUUGGUUGACAUUGAUUGAUGGCUAUAUCUGUGCAGACCUCAUAUCAGACGCAAUGAAGGCAUAUGUUCAAAUGGUGGGUGAAGUCGGUACAAAUGACAACGAGAAUGGUUUUGAUGCCUAUGCAUUUGUGCAAGCGACCCUGGUCCAUUUCUAUGGUCGUUGUGGUCUUAUUGGCCUUGCCCAGAUGGCAUUCAGAUUGUCAGACAAGUCACACACAGCAUCAUGGAACGCUCUUUUGGCUGCUCUACUCAGGAAGGGCCUAAUUCAUGAAGCAAGGGAGCUGUUUGAUGAUAUGCCUGAAAGGGACACUGUUUCUUGGAGUACAAUGAUUUCUGGGUAUGUGCAGACUGGACGUUCAGACAUGGCUUUGAAGCUAUUCUAUUCAAUGUUGAAUACGAGUGUUGAACCAAAUGAGGUCACGUUGGCCAGUGCUCUUUCUGCAAUUGCUGAUUCUGGCACAUUGGACCAAGGUAAAUGGAUCCAUGACCAUAUAAUGAACAGACCAAUCCAGCUUACUGAUAACCUGAGUGCUGGGUUGAUAGAUAUGUAUGCCAAGUGUGGCAGUGUUGCUGAUGCAGUGCAGUUUUUCAAUCGUGCCAAUGAUAAGUUCUCUUCCGUUUCACCAUGGAACGCUAUGAUUUGUAGUUUAGCCAUCCAUGGUUAUGCGCAUAUGUCGCUUGACCUAUUUUCACAAUUACAGAGGACCAGUAUUAAGCCCAAUUCAAUCACAUUCAUAGUUGUUUUAAGUGCAUGCUGUCAUACUGGGAUGGUAGCCAAAGGAAAAUAUUAUUUCGAGUCCAUGACGAGGGAAUAUGGGAUCCGGCUAACAAUUAAGCACUAUGGUUGCAUGGUUGAUCUCCUUGGUCGAGCUGGGUACUUGGAAGAGGCUGAACAGCUUGUUUCAAUGAUGCCCAUGAAAGCAGAUGUUGUAAUUUGGGGCAGCAUCCUUUCAGCAGCAAGGGCACAAGGAAAUGUCACAUUAGGAGAGAAAGCUGCUGAAGAAUUGGCAAAGCUCGACCAAACCCAUGGCGCAUCCAAAGUAGCCUUGUCUAACAUUUAUGCCGAUGCUGGUCACUGGACCAAUGUUUCAGUUGUGAGGAAAGAACUCGAGGAUGAAAAUUUUGAGAGACUAGUUGGAAGAAGUGGCAUUGUACAGUAA